GUUGCUGGCUUGUACAUGAACUGCUAUGCUGGCAGUUGUGAAAUUCCGAUCAUCCAGCAGAUGGCCACAAGAAACUGGUACAAGAAUGACCCAUUCCUGGAUCUUGGCUCGGUGACAGUCAGGAAGCUGGACGAGCCUUUCGGACCGUCUCAUUUUCUGGAAGCAGGAGCACUACCCUGGUGGCCAUGGGUCAUUGUCGCCAUCGCUGUGGCUCUCUGCAUUGGCUGCUUGUUGAGGUGGUUCCAGAUGCCCAAGCGAAAUGCGAGCAUACGCAGCUCCAACGGCUGGGGUGGCAGUUACGAUGCCAGCCUGAAGGGAGACAUGGCUGAGAUGCAGCCGCUGAAGUCCCCGUCACCAAUGCCAGCAGCUCCACUGUCAGCUGGUGACGGAAGCUGGAUGUCGGACAAGCGAUAUGCCAGGGAUGUGCAGGAUCUACCCACCCUGCCUACUGACGUGGACAUACAGAUGCCAGAUAUGCAGCAGUUUGCAGUGUCGUCUGGAGUUCCGUCGAGGCACCAAAGGAUCAUCAGCCAGACCCGAAUCGGCCCGGUGUCUGCUGUGCCUCAAGUGGCAUCAGUCGCGCCGCUGGUGCCUAUUCAGCAGUAUUCAUUACCUCUGCAGACCAACAGCAGAACAAAGCCGCAAGUGCAAAGCGUGCAAUCUGGCAGCCCCACUGCCGGCACAAGUCUGCAAGGGUAUCAGGGCAGCAUUGCAAUGCCUGGAGCGCAGAUCGCGCCAACACAAGUUGUUGCUGGCAUGGUCGCACCUGCUGAUGCAUCCUUACUUGCCUUGUCGCAACACAUGGCUUCCCAAAUCGAAAGUUCUGGAGCAGAGGCGAUUCGAAGCCUGAGGCAUGGCCAGUACCAAGUCAGCGG